GCAGCGGGGCUGCAGUCUUCAGCUCUCUGUGUGAAUACAAUGUGAUAUGCUGCUAUAAACGCCCCCUGCCAUAACUUCUCCAUUGUGAUCAACUAUAAACCCAAGUAAGGUCCUGGUCCUUACAUUGCUUUGUUGGGAAUUUGGUCACAGCAGUGAGGAGAGCUAACUUAUACAGAUAACUGGUACCCAGAAAUGUUUGGUUUUUAGGCCUUUGGAACUGGUUUGCAGAAGAACUAUGGAGAGUUUGCACCCUUGGGCUACAAAAGCCCUGGAGUGCUGUAAGCAGAACUUAAUGGAACAUUCUGUAGGGAUAUUGGCAGACAAGAAUUUUGAGAGAUCUGUGGAAAAAGGAGGCCUUGAUCAUGAAAAGGUGAAUAAGAACUCUAUCUGGAACUGGGUUAGGGACCCUUCAUACAGUAUUGUAGAAAAAAGAAUCUAUCUGAAUGUAUUCUGCCGAUUUCCUGAGAACUUGAGUGAGGCUGAAUGUAGUGGACCAGUUUGUGUGAUAUGGAAAGUUCCGGGAUGGAGCACCCUUCAGUCUGCAUCAUGGUUGCUGCUCAAUGCUCAUUGGUAUAAUCCAAGUCUAUAGUGAGGAAGAGCAGAAAAUCAGCAGCGAGAUUAGAAAACUGACAUUUGAGGAGGAAGUGUGUGGAAUUAAGUAUCAGGUUUCAAGGAGAGUGUUAAAAAGAUUAGUGCCAUGCAACUGGAAUCUGGCACUCAGCCCGAGAACAGGAGGGGUGCUCUGAGGACAAGACCACACUCAUGGAAGGCUUCAUCUGAUGGAAAUUCAGAUUCAUUUGAAAUGAGGGAACCUAAACUAAGAAUGAUAAUGUUGGGGUUCCCAGCUCAAAACCAAUUUCCUAGGAAAGGAUUUCCCUAGAGUUAGCAUACAGAAGCCAGGAUAGCCAUUGUCCAGAGGGUCAGGCUCUGUGCCAAGUUGCUGGCAGAACUUGGCAGAAUCAUCCACAUGACAGUGGUUUCACAGGCACAGGAGAUACAAGACUGAGAAGGUCAUGAGGUCUGUACAACAGUUCCGGAGAGACACUAAGGCCAGGCAGUGCGAGCCAGGGUUGCAGUUCCUGCUAGGAGGACGUCCUGAGGUCCUCAUGUGAAGCUGACAGUGAAACUGAGGUUGUAAUGGAGUCCCCAGCACGAUGGUGAAUCUAGGACUGUGGAAUUUCUGCUGAAGAAAGCUGUAGGCACUGAGGAGAGUUGGAUCAGAAGAGGGGCUAUGUGUAUGUACCUCAGGCAGCCCAGCUGAGGAAUGGGCUGUCCAACUCUUUGGAGCCCAAAUGAUUCCACCAUGAUCCCCAGAAGCAGGAGUGGAGCUGUUUUCCUUAAUGAAUUCCAGUCUCCCUGUGGUCCACUCAUCUCUUCGUGUGCCCCAGAGCGCCCUGUUAGAAUGGGAAUAUUUUUUCUGUGCCUUUGUAUAUGUUGGAGAACACCAACUGACAGGCCAUAAAGUGGCAGUUAAGAUCUUAAAUAGACAGAAGAUUCGCAGUUUAGAUGUUGUUGGAAAGAUAAAACGAGAAAUUCAGAAUCUUAAACUCUUUCGUCAUCCUCAUAUUAUCAAACUCUACCAGGUGAUCAGCACUCCGACAGACUUUUUUAUGGUAAUGGAAUAUGUGUCUGGAGGUGAAUUAUUUGACUACAUCUGCAAACAUGGACGGGUUGAAGAGGUGGAAGCUCGCCGGCUCUUCCAGCAGAUCCUGUCUGCCGUGGAUUACUGUCACAGGCAUAUGGUUGUCCACAGGGACUUGAAACCAGAGAAUGUGCUGCUGGAUGCCCAGAUGAACGCUAAGAUAGCUGACUUUGGACUAUCUAAUAUGAUGUCAGAUGGUGAAUUUCUACGAACUAGCUGUGGAUCGCCAAAUUAUGCAGCACCUGAGGUCAUCUCAGGAAGGCUGUAUGCAGGUCCCGAGGUCGACAUCUGGAGCUGUGGUGUCAUCCUGUAUGCCCUUCUCUGUGGCACCCUCCCUUUCGAUGAUGAGCACGUGCCUACGCUCUUUAAGAAGAUCCGAGGGGGCGUGUUUUACAUCCCAGACUAUCUCAACCGUUCUGUUGCCACUCUGCUGAUGCACAUGCUCCAGGUGGACCCCCUGAAGCGAGCGACUAUCAAAGACAUACGAGAACAUGAGUGGUUUAAACAGGAUUUGCCCAGCUACCUAUUCCCUGAAGACCCCUCCUACGAUGCGAACGUCAUUGACGAUGAGGCUGUGAAGGAAGUCUGUGAGAAAUUCGAGUGUACAGAGUCAGAAGUGAUGAACAGUCUGUAUAGUGGUGACCCGCAAGAUCAGCUUGCAGUGGCUUAUCAUCUUAUCAUUGACAAUCGGAGAAUAAUGAACCAAGCCAGUGAGUUCUACCUCGCCUCUAGUCCUCCAUCAGGUUCUUUUAUGGAUGACAGCGCCAUGCAUAUUCCUCCAGGCCUGAAACCACAUCCAGAAAGGAUGCCACCUCUCAUCGCAGACAGCCCCAAAGCACGCUGUCCACUGGAUGCACUCAACACAACGAAGCCCAAGUCUCUAGCUGUGAAAAAAGCCAAGUGGCAUCUUGGAAUCCGAAGCCAGAGCAAAGCGUGUGACAUUAUGGCUGAAGUGUACCGAGCUAUGAAGCAGCUGGGUUUUGAAUGGAAGGUAGUGAAUGCAUACCAUCUUCGAGUAAGAAGAAAAAACCCAGUGACCGGCAACUAUGUGAAAAUGAGCUUACAGCUUUACCUGGUAGACAGUCGGAGCUAUCUUCUGGACUUUAAAAGCAUCGAUGAUGAGGUGGUUGAGCAGAGGUCUGGUUCUUCAACACCCCAGCGCUCCUGUUCUGCUGCGGGCCUCCACAGAGCACGGUCAAGCUUUGAUUCCAGCACAGCUGAGAACCAUUCCCUUUCUGGCUCUCUCACUGGUUCUUUGACUGGCAGCACUUUGUCCUCGGCUUCCCCGCGCCUGGGCAGUCACACCAUGGAUUUUUUUGAAAUGUGCGCCAGUCUUAUCACUGCUUUAGCUCGUUGAUAAUCCACCCCUGGUCUGUCUUUCUGUCACCGCACUGUGAAAUCACAUACACUCUUUAAAUUAUUAUCUCACUCUCGGUAUUACAUGCUCUGCAAUAGAAGUUGGUGUGAACAUUCCCAGGUGACAUGCAGUGUUAUUGAAAUCACCGAAAACACAGAAAUCCGGCAUUCUGUUUAUUCUUAGAACUCUGUAACUCUACUGUGCCUAUGACAAGUUUGCAUAGGUAGUAAUGGACGAGUGCUGGUGGCGUUUGUUAACUUACACCUGUGAAUUCACUACAGAUGACAAGCACACCUCACUGAUGAACCAGCUGAGGUAGGGGUGGUUCGGUGGGCCUCCUUCCUUCAUGUUUAGUGUACGUAAAUCCAGUUCACCUCCUAAACUUCAGCCAUCUGGGCACUCUUGCACAAGAUGAUCAAGAUAUAGAAUAACUGUUAGGGAAAUAUUAUUUCAAUGUAGAAAUCUGAAAAUCCUGUCUCCCUAAAUAUUAGAAACCAAAGUCUUUUAAAUUCUUUCUGCAAGUACUGCCUAGUAUUAGCCAUUAAGAUCGUGUUUCUGAUAAUAGGAGUCUAGUCUCCCAGCUUCCUGACAUUUGUGCAAGACCCCUAGUUAAAUCCCACCACCACCAAGCAAUACAAAACCAUGCAAAAUUAGUACACAGUUCAAUGAGACAAGCAAAAUACCAAUAGUCUCUUAAAAGAAAAUUCUACUCUAUGAUCUUGUUUUGUGUUAAUGAGACUGGGGUAGCUGAGGGGUGGGCUGGUAGUCAUGGCCCUCUGGGGUCUUUGCUAAUUCCCUUAACAUUUGUUAUUGAUGCCACCUCCUCCCUCCGUCUUCCUCAGGAGCCUCUGUUUUGCUCAUUGCUUUUCCUUCUCAUUAAUCCUUUAGUUCAAAAUUUUGCUUUGGCCAUCGCGUCUUCGUACGCUUCCAAAGCUUGAUCUGCUGUGACCUUCACUGUUGAACCUGAUUGGACAGGGAAGCCUUAAAUAUUUAAAAGUAUAUUCUCCUGGAAUAAGUAUAUGUGUUGUUUACAUAUAUAUACAUAUGUAUUGACACAUCAGUGCUUUUAAUCAAAAAAAAAAAAAACCAAACUUUUUUGUGCAAGUUUUUUUUUUUUUUAAUUUAAGAUGAAAAAAACACUAUAUUACAGGAUAGAUAAAGUUAAUUGAUUUUAUGUUGUUUUGGUAAAAGUAUUUUAAAUUAUGUGUAAUUUAUCUAAUAAUUAUUUAUUCAUUUAUUGUAUUUAUGUUGUAAUUUAAAAAAAUCAUUGAUCUGAUUCACCCUAGAAAAUAUUAAGCUCUUGAAAAAACAAAAAACAAAAAGCAACAUUGCCUUGACAGGUUUCUCUUCACCAAAAGUAGUAUAUUUUCUACUUACCAAGAAGCAGAUGAGACUGUUAGACCAGGUUUCUCAUGCGAUUCCAGAAGACAAGUUUGUCUAUCUUUAAAUAGCUUUUUGAAUCAGGAAUUUGCAUCAUAUCAUGUCAGAUAACUUUGUAGUUCUUUUAAAAAGAUGGUCAAUAUUUAUCACUCCAACUUCUCAAUAGUAAAAUAAAAGAAUCUUUGCCCACUGAUUGAGAAGGAGGGUGUACAAUUUAAGGUACCUUAAGUUAAAUCUUUGAAAGAUUGCCAUCUUGUGGCAGUAGAUGGUAAUUUGAGUAGUUAUUUUAAUACCAAACUUAGUCCUGGUUUGUCUAAUGUGUUUUAUGAAUGUGGCAUAAUUUUGACUUCUCUAAAUGUGUAUGUAUCCUUGUUUGUGGGGUAGGGAGAGACCACCUUAUAAUGUUUGCCUAAUUAUGGCAUGGAAGACCUUGAAAUAAGGAGCUGUUUGGAUUCCUUACCUCUAAUAACAGCAUCCACAACAGUUAUAAAGGCAGGAGGGUGCAGAAGGCUUUUAGUCUAGUGAAUUUAAAUGACUUUAUAUGAAUGAUUAUGAUGCUAUUCAAGAACUAAAAGUUAUUUACUAUUGUCUUAUUCAUUCCAGUAUUAUAAAUACCCAGUUGACAGUUACCUGUGAAUUUCAGGAGAACUGAAGGUCAUUUUGUUUCUUUUAGCAUUUUAAGACAUUUAAUGAAUCUAGGUGAUAGAGAAAGCUUGUUUUUAGAGAGAAUUCGGUGACUCAUCUCGAAAAGCAAAGGCUGGAGUUUUGUCACAGCAUAGGGGUUUGCUGCUCUUGGCAAUAGAGAAGGAAAGAAUUCCUUGCAAAUGUACAGUUCCUACCUUUCAGUCGAUGCUAUGGGUAUGGUAGAUACUGAGUUUAGAACAGUCUAUCCUCUUGGAUCCUAGGGAGAAUAACUGUUAUAGAUGUGGGCCUUAUUUAUGUCUCACAAACGGAGUCCAUCUGUUUCCAAAAUAGUAUUUCCUAAAACAUAGAAAUCCCACAGAAUAAGUUUGGAAUACAUUGCACCUUGCAGAGGACAGUGACUAUGAACACGAAAGACUUGCAGUCUUUCAGAAACAGAACAAACCACAUAACUGCAAAACCCUACUUUGCCCAAAUGAGUUUACUCUUUUAAAACGUUUGCUGAGCCUGGUUGCUUACCUGUAAUAUGACUAGGGAGUAUGAGGCAGGAAGAUACGUGGGGGCCUAAGGACUAGAUAGAUAGCAAGACCUUGUUUCAAAUUAGAAAGAUAAAGAAACCUUAGCACCCCAUAAGAAAAUAUGAGAAAUGAUUGUCUGUGAGCGCCACAGUGUGGUCGUUAGUGACAGUGAGUAACAUCUCUUCCCCAGAGCCUGAUGCUAAUUCAGAACUGCUCCAUUGACCAUGCACAUAGGUUCAUCCUGAGUCUGGGGCUUGUACUACAUGCUGGUUUUUCUAAUCAUAUGAUGCUUUUUAGGUAGAACAUCUAUUCUUUUUUUUCCCUUAGAGGGUGACUGAAAAGUCAUAGACAAGGUUACUUAUGGAAAACCAGAAGAGUAAGAGACCAGUGGCUUUCUGUUGUGACUUCAUGGAGAGCAAGCCAGAUUUAUUCAUUUUUCAAGGGCCACUGAACGUUUUCUAAGUCCUUUUAUUUAAAAAACCAAAAUUGAAGCUAUCUCAAAUUUACAGGGAGAGAGAAAACCAAACCAUUCAUAGGUUAGGGUUUUGUUUUGAUCAAGAACUCUUGUAAAGGCCCUUGCAACAUCUGGUUAUCUGCAGAUAGAAGCUAGGAGCCUAAUCUAAGCAGAAACAUUAAGACCUUCUGUGCUAGCGAACUGGGUAUAUGUAGCACAGUAAUUCUCUACUUUAUGCAAGUAGGUGUUCAAGGAUAUUUACUUAAUUCUGAAUCUACUCUUUCCUUAGGUAGUUUGUACUCAGGGAACACAAAUUUAAUACUUGAGAUGAAAUGAAACAUAAUUUGAAAAAUAAUCAUAAACAACUGAAUCAGAUUUUUAUAUACUGCUUCAUCUGUAGUCUCUCCUAACAUGUAAGCAUGCUUAGUUAAUGUGGGCCCCACACUGAUGUUUAUAAGACUUAACAGCCUGGAACAUACCUACCACAGACACCACAGAUCUGCCUGGUCGCUCCCAGGGUGAGGUCUCAUAUGUAAAUGUGAGACUGCACGUUAGCCUCCUCUGCUUUGUGUUUGGUUCGGUCUGACAAGCUGGCUGUCCUUCAGUCCCCUGGGGCUUAAGUAGGGAUUAUGGCUUAGUAGUUCUUGGCAACUCUGUUGAAAACUCUGGAUGAAGGCUAUGUGUAUAGUAAGUGUGAUCUUGGACUUGGCCUCAAUUUAAAAUCCUAAAUGAAAGGGAUGGAUGCAGAGCUAUCGUCCCUGCGAGCUCUGGAGUGUCCUGCCUUGUUACUUCUUCAGAGCAUGAGUGUGAGUGUUCACAUUUGAUGUGUUUGUUUGCUAGCAUGAGUGUUCUUUUUUUUUUUAGUCCGAGGCAUUUCAAAGGUAUACUAAACCAUAACUACUUGGACUACUGGAAUGCAAAACUGAAAACCUGGCGUGGAUUUAGCAUUCAUUAGAAGAUGACUACUAGGUAGAAGUGGCGGGGCCGAUGCAUUUCCAGGUCUGCUAGUGCCCCCUUGCAGUACCCAGUCCAGUAAGCAGGCUCUCUGCAGUUGAUCAUCUUCUGGGCUGAACAGAAAGAGUUUAUGAAACAUCUGAUAGUCGAGUAAUAAAAAUAAAUACUGGCGUGUUGUUUGUAAGUCCUGGUAUGACAUAUAGUAGUUAUAACUGAAUGUAGUUAGUCUAAUUAUAAAAGCUAGUUGAUUGCACUAACUAAAUGUAAUUUCGUGAAAUAUUUAUGAUUAUAUUGAUUUUAUUAUAAGUAUUUAUAAGUUAUUGAGGGUGCUUAAAAUCCAGAAAAAUCUCUAGGACAUAUUUUUUUUUUUCUGAAAUUGUAUUUAUGAUUUUGGUGUAGGGAGUUUUAUACUGGCGAUUCAACCCAGGCUUCACAUGUAAGAAGCAAGUGCUUAACUUCAAUCUAAAUCCCCUGGCCCUAUUUACAUGAUUCUUAAAGUACAGUCUCUCUUUGUAGAGGGAAAUUAGCCCUAGUCCUAUCUGAAUGAUCACAGUUUGUGACUCUUAGCUGAAUUAGGUUUAUCUAAAUUUCAUUUUGGCAAUUUUUUAUUUUGUGCAUAAACGAGAUGACACUGGUUUUUUUUUUUUGCGGGGGGGGGGGGAGGAAUGACACUGUUUUUAUACAGUGUGUGUCUCUCUGAGCUACCUAAUCACUAUUGGCUUGAUAGACAUUCACCAAGCCUUUUUAAACUUGGAAAUGUAACUUAAGUUAAUGAGCUUUUAAGUCAUGCAUAUAUGCAUGUGUAUAUAUACAUAUGUAUUAUGCAAACAAGUUAGCAGCGGCAGCUUUAUCAGCCUUUCCUUGAAUAUUUAUGAUGCAGUUGAUGCUACUAAACAGUAAUAGCAUGAGGAGUAGGUCCACAGUCUAGACUGGAUUGAGCUUUGAUUAAACUUCUUCAGCCAUAGCCUGUUCAGAAUCAGGUCCCACCCAGAAGGUUAUCAGACCGCCGGCCUGUAUUUUGUGAGCCAAUAAUAAUGUUUACGCCAGCCUUGCAUAGCAGUGCUAGGUGUGACCGCGUGCGACUUUUAGUAACUUUUAGCUUAUGGCUAAAAGCAGUUCAAGUUUUAUAGAGGUAAUUCAUGAUUAUUUGAACAAGCAGGGUGGGUAAAUUCAAGAAUAUUUAAAGUGCAAUUAAGGAAAUUCUAGGGUAUAAUAUUCUUUCCAGUUUUAAAAAAAAAAAAAUAGUUAAGCAUUUUUAGAAUGUCCUAGAAUGAAAAAAAAUUUUUGGACAGACUUUUUAAAAAAUAAGGUUUUUACAGCAAUUUUUUUUUUUUUAAUUCAAGGUUUGCUACUUUGUGUUCAUUUAAAUUUUCAAAGAGAACCGAAGCCUCCAAGGAAAGAAUUGCAUUGUUAUUUUCCUCCUGCUAGUCUGAAUGUGCAUUUUCACAGCUAAAAGUCACUUGUAAAUAAGGUUUGUUACCACACUUGAAGCCCAUUUUUUUUUAAACGGAGAACAUUUUCCCAGAAUCAAAGAGACAUUAGACCCAUUGUCUACACACACAAAAAAAGAGUACCUGGUGCCUUCUCAAAUAACUGCAGAGUCAAAGUGAACGUGUUCAAAGUCUGCCCCCCCAACCCCCUCUCCCGUUCCUUGGGUUUUCUGUGACCUGUCCCUCCCACAGACGGUCACAGGGUUUGCUCUGCCCUUUCAGUUCCACUCGAAUAAACCUCACAGCAUCACCAGUGAUGUUCUUCACUGAAUACGUUUUCUCUUUCAUUUAUUUCACUUUUUAAAGCCACCUGGGAAAAUAUUUGGCUGCCUUCUUAUGCUUUUAAAAUGAAUGCAAUUACUAGCAGUCUUUAUAUUUUAAAGUUUAUAAAGGAAAGAAAUUCAAAGCUAAGGACUGGUUCUAAUUGGAUCUAAUUCCCUGUUUGUUACUAUAGCAGCACAAGUUAUGUAACCUUGUGUAGUUUUCUCUUGUACAAAAUGUGGAUAAUAACCUACCUCACAGAUGUGUGUGAGAAGCUGUUUCAAAGCCCCUAAGUAGGGGUUUAGAGUCCCAUCUUCAAUGUCAAUCUUUCCUUUUUUAACUAGACACCUUUGAUAAUGGUAGAAUGAGUAUCUUGUUUUUAGAUGUCAUAUGUAAUAAGGGCAUAGUGCUGAGAAUGUUUAAGACACAGUUUCACAAAUCAUAGUGUUCUUACUGUAAGACACUUAAAAUUUUCUUGAAAACCUCAAAUGUUUAAAUAUCAAAUCUGUCUUUUGUUUCAAUAAAUAUUGUUAUUCAAAA